AUUGCCAUGACAAGGCCUAGUUGGAAGAACCGAGGAAAAAUGUUCACCGAGUAUGGUGUCUCCUUACGAAGUGUAAAACCUGACCAGACUGGUGUGAACAUGGUGUUGCACUAUCUAACAAAUGGCACAUGCCAGCUAAUGUUUGCCUAUAUGAAAGAGAUCUUCUUUAUUCCUGUGAUGCUACUACUGAAGGCUCUGUGUGAUGUUACUGACCAUUAUAUCUACAAAGAAAUGAUCAAAGGAAAAGAAUAUGACUCAUUUUUCAAAGGCUGUGUAGCCAAUAUGCUUAGACUCGUCCAAAAUGAGGGACUUUAUUCUCACAUCCAGAUAAAAAAGUAUAUUGGUGAAAGGUUCCGAAUUAAAGUUGGACUUCCUUCUUGGUAUCCAGAUGAAAGAGUGACUGACUUCUUACUUAAGCAGUGUAUAUGUGUUCACCUAGACUCAAAUGUCCAUAAGUUCAAUCUUCUUGUGUAUAUGACAAGAAAAUUAUUUGCGUUGGCCAAGGGAGAAUGUGCUAUAGAAAAUCCUGAUAAUCCAAUGAACCAGGAAGUUCUACUUGGGGGACAUCUCUAUCUAAUGGUACUUAAGGAGAAGCUUGAAAGUUGGCUUAACACGAUAAAAAUGAUACUUAAUCGAAAGAUCAAGUCAUCUGGGCAAUCUUUUGAGCUCACUCGGACUUUAAUGCUUCAGUAUAUAUCUUUGGGCAAGGAUAUCUCUCGACCAAUGGAGUACCUGCUUGCUACAGGAAAUCUUGUUUCUCGCUCAGGCAUAGGGCUAAUGCAGUUUUCUGGUCUGACUAUUGUUGCAGACAAGCUCAACUUUUUCCGAUAUCUUUCUCAUUUUCACAGCAUUCAUAGAGGAUCAUUUUUUGCUGAGAUGAGAACAACAGCUGUUAGAAAGCUGUUACCUGAAGCUUGGGGUUUUCUCUGUCCAGUUCACACUCCUGAUGGAGCUCCAUGUGGUCUUCUCAACCACAUUUCUGCCAUGUGUGAGAUAGUAACUUUUCAACCACCUGUUGCUCAUUUGCCAAGAAUACUUGUUUCACUUGGUAUGUCCCCAUAUGAUGGCCCAUCUCCUUGCUCAUUGAAAGAUUCAUAUCCAGUUCUUUUGGAUGGCAAGUUUGUUGGAUGGGUUCCACAUGUUUUUGCUGCAAAGCUUGUUGAUAAACUUCGAUACAUGAAAGUCAUGCAAAAAGAGAAGGUGCCUUCCACACUAGAAAUUGCAUUUGUAGAAGCAACAACCAAAGCAUCUCAGUAUCCUGGUAUUUACUUGUUUUCUACUCCCGCCCGCAUGCUAAGACCAGUUGUGAAUCUUACCACCAAUACCAUUGAACUCAUUGGGACUUUUGAACAAGUGUACUUGAAUAUUUGUGUUGUACCAGAGGAGGCUUAUGAAGGGAUAACAACUCAUCAAGAACUGAGAGAAACAAGUAUGCUGAGUGUACUAGCCAACAUGAUUCCAUUCUCAGAUUUUAACCAAAGUCCCCGUAAUAUGUACCAAUGUCAGAUGGGGAAGCAAACUAUGGGAACACCCUGUUACACAUACCAGUAUCGAUCAGACAACAAAAUGUACUGUAUUCAGACACCACAGUCACCUUUGGUACGACCUGUAAUGUAUGACUUCUACCACAUUGAUGACUAUCCUUUGGGAACUAAUGCCAUUGUAGCAGUUAUAUCCUACACUGGUUAUGAUAUGGAAGAUGCAAUGAUCUUAAACAAAGCCUCACUAGAAAGGGGUUUUAAGAAUGGUAGUGUUUACAAGUCUGAAUUCAUCAACUUACGAGAACUUGCUGGAGAUCGAGGUGUCCAAUCCUCUUAUAGUUUUGGACGCAAAUUGACAGACAAGCAUUUGGAUGGAAUAAUCGACAUGGAUGGAUUGCCUUUUAUUGGAACAAAGCUCACUUAUGGAACCCCAAUGUGCAGCUACAUCAACAAAGUAACAGGAGAAACAAGAGUAGAAAAGUAUAAAUCCACAGAAUCGGCUUAUGUGUUAUAUGUGAAACUGUGUGCGAAUGAUACGGGAUCAGACGUCCUUCAGAAAAUUUGCAUCACUCUCUGGAUUCCUAGAAAUCCAAUAAUUGGAGAUAAGUUUGCCAGUAGGCAUGGGCAAAAAGGUGUAUGUAGUCAACAAUGGCCUGCUGAGAACAUGCCGUUUACAGAGAGUGGAAUGACUCCUGACAUAGUAUUUAACCCACAUGGGUUUCCUUCUCGAAUGACAAUAGGAAUGAUGAUUGAAAGUAUGGCUGGGAAAGCUGCAGCUGUUCAUGGACUUGCCUUUGAUGCUACACCUUUUAAAUUCAAUGAGAAGAAACCAGCUGCUGAAUAUUUUGGUGAACUGCUACAAUCAGCCGGGUACAAUUAUUAUGGAACAGAAAGAAUGUACAGUGGUGUAGAUGGACGAGAACUAGAAGCUGACAUCUUUUUUGGAGUUGUGUAUUACCAAAGAUUGAGGCAUAUGGUGGCUGACAAAUUUCAAGUACGAACAACUGGUCCUAUUGAUAUCUUAACACACCAGCCAGUGAAGGGACGAAAACGAGCGGGAGGAAUUCGAUUUGGUGAAAUGGAACGAGAUUCUCUUUUGGCUCAUGGGACAUCAUUCCUUUUGCAGGAUCGGUUAUUUAACUGUUCAGAUAAAUCUCUUGCAUUCGUCUGUACAAGAUGUGGUAGUCUUCUUUCUCCCAUGUUUGAAAAGCCAGCUAAAGACAAUAUGCCAGCUAGUCAGGAAUUAGUGCGUUCAUGGAUGUGUGCUACAUGUGAAACCAGUGAAAAUAUUCAACUUAUUACAGUGCCUUAUGUUUUCAGGUAUCUCGUGGUAGAGCUAGCUGCAAUGAACAUAAAGAUCCAACUUGAUGUCAUGUGAUAUAAUAAUAAUAAUAUUGAGUUUAACUAAUAUUCCUAUCUAUCACUGAUCUGUUUAUGUUGGAGAAACAAACUUGUACAAAUUUGACAGAUUUGUAAUAAAGGUACUUAAAUGGUACAAGAUCUACUGUAUUAUAACAGCUCCUUGUAUCCAAGCUGCAGAUUUCUCAAUAAUUAUGUGGGAUAA